AUGGUGGGGCAGAGGGGAGAGGAGAGAGCGGGGGAUGGAGGCGGGAGGAGACGGAGACGGGGACGGGGACGGGGCCCGCAGGGGCUGGCGGGUCUGGGCCGCGGGAACAGGACACAGACUGUGCAGCUCAACAAAGAAAUGACGCUGGCCAGCAACCGGAGCCUGGCGGAGGAGAACCUGCUGUAUCAGCCGCAGCUGGACACUCGCAAAGCCUGCCUGACCCAAAAGUACCAGGAACUCCAGGCUCUCUUCGAAGCUUACCAGAUAAAGAAGACCAAACUGGAUAAACAGUCUAGUAGUGCUUCCUUGGAGACUCUUCUUGCACUUCUUCAAGCGGAAGGGGCCAAGAUUGAGGAAGACACUGAGAACAUGGCUGAGAAGUUUCUGGAUGGAGAGCUCCCCCUCGACGCCUUCAUUGACGUCUACCAGAGCCAGCGCAAGCUGGCGCACAUGCGGCGGGUGAAGGUGGAGAAGCUUCAGGAGCUGGUGAUGCGGGGGCCGAGGCUCCCGCAGGCCCCGGUGCCCCUGCCCCGCGUGCCCGAGCCCGGCUUCCCUGCCCAGCUCGGGUCGCCCUACCCGCCGGCGCUCCCCCAGAGGCCGCCGCCCCGCCUGCCACCGCCCCAGCCUGGCUUCAUCCUCCAGUGCUGGCUCCACGGCCCACAGGCCGAGCGGGGCGGGCCCAUGCGCCUGGAAGCGGAAGUACUCCUCUGCCCCCUCCUACCAGGACACGCUCUGCCUCCGGUGCACGGGCGGCCGGGGCUCCGGGCAUCGGUGCUGUGGGUGUCGAGGAGCUGCACAGCUGUGUGUGGCAUGUGCCCGCCACCCGGGGCUGAGGCGCCGGCACGCAUGCCUGCUGAGCUGCUCUUGCCCCUGCAUAGCCGCUUCGUCCUCUCAAGCACGGGCUCCAUGACUGCCUCGUGA